AUGGCUGGAACACCGCAAAGAGAGACUUACCUGAGAUUUCCACCAACAGCGGGCCCUCUUCCGGGGCCCUCGCCGGUAAGUCUCCUCCCGUGUUGUCUGAUCUGCUACCUCACCGCUGCGGGCUCCAGGUCGGAGCCCUGGCGUGUAAGUGUCCUUCUCGACACAGUCCAAUCCCCGAUCCAGACUGUCCUCUAUCAGAUCCUGCCUGGUGUCGUUGGCUGUCUGCUGGCUGUUGUUCUCUCUGUUUCAGCCAUGGCUCCACACUCCUCUCCAUCCGGCUGUGCCAGCUGCGCCUGUCUAGCGGAAAAGAUCCAGGAGCUUGAGCGAAGGAUCUCCACCCUAUACCAGAUCCAGGAAGCCGAGAAACUCAUGGACACCAUCGUCUUCAGAACACCACAUCCCGACUCCACCGGCUCAUCGGAUCCAGACCCUGCCGCUCCCAACACCUCUCUCCCGGCUGCUGCGACCACCUCUCCUCCGCCUGCUCAUCCAUCCGUCUCCUCGACAAGGCUGGGAUCACAACCCAAGGCUAAACCAGAGCCUCCGGCUAGCUCCACUCCAUCCCUGCAGGAGCACCAGUCCUGCAUCACUGCCCGCACCGGGAAAACAAGGCUCCCACCUCAGUCUCCCCUCUUCCACCUCCACCUGGAGAACAGGUUUAACACCCUGGACCUCCAUGACUUCCCCCCGCUGCCCGCGGGAUCCCAGCCGAUGUCCACCCGGCUGUCUCAUGGGUCCUCCAGCUCUCCCCCGUCCCCGUCCCGUCCACCUCGCGUGCCUGACCAUCCGCACGCCGGGGCCCUCCGGCGGCGCUCGGUGCCGUGCUUCACACCUGCACCACGGCUGGCCCGUGUCCCUCCCGUCUUGUCUCCGAUGUCCUUCUUGGCGAGUUCCCCCCCUCCUCCAACAUAUUCCUCUCCGGUCACACAGUCUCCACGUCCACUUUUCCCUCCGACGACUUUAAUUGUGGGCGACUCCAUCAUGAAAAACAUCCGCUUUUUUAACGCUAUCACGCGGUGUUUCCCUGGUGCGAGGGUCCUGGACAUUUUAACACUCCUCCCCACUCUGUUAAAAUCUCUGCCAACUUCCAUCCAGAGAAUCAUAAUCCAUGUCGGUACUAAUGACACGUCCCUCAACCAGACCGAGCUCACGAAGGACCAUUUUACCCAACUUUUAACUUCCUGA